AUGGCUCGCAAGAAGGCAUCGAAGAGUUCAGACGGAAAUGACGCGGAGACGGCCGUUCUGCGAUGGUUCGAGUGUGAGGGGGAGCCAGCGACAGUGCAGUCCUUAACAGACGCACUUGGAAGUAAGUUUGGGAAGGCGCUGGUGCAGAGUGUUCUGGAGCAGUGUGUGAGUGAGCAGAGGCUGCAGGCUAAGGAUAUCAAGAAGGCUAGGUUCUAUUUCCUCCUCCCACCUGGGGCUGCGGAAAAUCACGGGGGGGAUUGCCUUGUGGAUCCUGCAAGGCUAGAACUUGUGCAACAACUUCAACAACAAACAAGGAGUCUUUCAGAGCUCACUGCAGGGUUAAAUACACUUCUUCAGCAGGCUUCCGCCUCAGAGCGGGCUGCGAACAUCGCCUUGUUGUCCACUGAGUGCGCCACACUCACGCAACGUUUGGAGACCGUGAAGCGGGAAACGAUUAAAAGGCGUGACGUGGCGGAUGAUGAAGACAUUUUGCUCCUAAUUCGGCGGUACAAAAGAGCCAGAGAACUUUGGAGGGAACGUAAACGCAUGACAGAGCAUAUUAUUGAUGCGAUCUUGGGGGACAGCUGUGACUCCAAGGAGCUCGCAGAUCAAUUUGGUCUUAUUAGUGACCAGGAGGCAGGGGUCUCUCUUGCUGACACAGCGAUUGCAUUGCCGCGAGUUGAGGAUCCCGCAGCUGUGUGA